AUGUCGCAAGUGAUUGGAAAGACCCGCCUGGCAUACGCUCGCUCAUGGCACCACCUCGACAUCGGCUCCGACCCACGCGCGCUGGGCCGCGUCGCCUCUGCCAUAGCCCUGACCCUUAUGGGAAAGCACAAGCCCAUCUUCGACCCCUCUACCGACUGUGGUGACUACGUCGUGGCUACGAACUGUUCUCAGUUACACACCACCGGCAAGAAGCGCUUUCAGAAACUCUACCGCACGCACACGACCCGCCCCGGCUCCCUCAAAGAACUCUCCAUGGACAGGAUGAUGGCCAAGUGGGGAGGUGGAGAAGUGUUGAGGAAGGCCGUUAGCGGCAUGUUGCCGAAGAACAGGUUACGGAAGGACAGGCUGGCGAGGUUGAAGACCUUUGAGGGGAGAGCGCAUCCUUACAAAGAGAACAUUCUGCAAGUGGGAAAUGGUGGUGGACAGAGCAUAACGGAGCAUGGAGAUGUUAAGAAGACAUUCGCGGAAGCGAAAACACAGGCUCCCGAGGCGCCAGUAUCAUGA